AUGCCUGAGGAACGCAACCGCCCGAAGCGAGGUGCAAGACGGAUUCGAGGAGCCCUUCGGCCUCGAUUAUCUGCCAUCGUCGGAACCCCCCAGCUGGCCGACUUGACCGAAGUCGUGACAGCUCUUACUUCGGACGAGGACCUUGGUCAAGAUGCUCCAGAGCGCGCGGCCACGAUUAUCGCCACCGUCUUUCACGCAUUCGAGUGCUACGACCUUCUCCGCCUGAAGGAUUUGCCGGAUCUGCUCAUCAAGUUCAGCAGCGGCCUCUAUACGAUAAGUCUAUCGUCGAUGUACGAGGUGGACCCACGCAUGCGGUAUCAUACAAAGGCGACGGAUGAAGAUAGUUCAGGAAGGGGAACGAUGCAUAGGUCAGCCUGCGGACAGACGACACACGCCAAUCGAGGAAUUGAGGAAUUGCUCGAAUCGUUGUUCGGAGUCGACGAAACGGAAUUCUCGAAACGCAUGUCCGACCUCCAGAUGCUGGACGUUCGCGACAUGCCCAGCAUCUCUUGCGAGCACGUCGAUGGACCGGGAGACACUCGUGGCAUUGCAGCAAUAUUUCGUUGCCUGGACCGGCUGGCGGCUGUAGACCAUGCGCUGUCCAUCCGAACGAACUGCGUCUAUUGGACUCUGGGCGCGGCCUACGACAGUUUCGCGACAGCCGUGACACAAGGUGUGACUUUCAAGGACGACAGAACACGCUCGCGUUACGUGCUUCGGCGACUUCUCGAAGAGCCUUGGGCCGUCCGUGCGUCCACGGAACAUGGUGGCCGGUGGGUGUCUGCGCUAAAAAAGCGCGUCGAGUGCGCGAGGAAGUUCAGGUCGAUCACGUCCGCGCUGCCGGUCAGCGUGCUCCUCGUUGUGCCGCACAUAUGCGUCACGCGGUUGGACAAGAUCGGAUUGAAGCAACUGGCUUUGCUUCCGUCAGCCGUUGUCGCUCACGGUGACAGUUUGGCGGCUCUCUUGGCCCUCAUGGCGAGAACCGAUGAAGCCGUCCUUCAGGGUCUGGCGACUCUCUCUGGAAAGGGCGGAGGCGAGGACGGGCAUGCGAGUUCUAGUAUGGAGGAGUGA